AAUGUAGGGAAGGUGACCGGCAUAACAAGCCCCAUCCCCCCUCGAUCCAUUGCUAUGACCUUUCUUCCCCGCAUGGAAAUGGUGCUGCUGGUAUAGGUAGUGGCCGGGAAGGUGAGCUGCACGCCAUGGGUGAUGAACAGGAUCCUGCGGUGAGUGCUUCGAUGGGGGUGAUGACUUCCCUCCUGAACAAGCUGACUACCUUGAUCACUGAUAAGAACCCCAACAUCAAGGAAGCCCUCAAGGAUGUAACGUCGCUCAAGUCCGAUCUCACCGAGAUGCUUGCUAUACUGCGCAAGUCUACCGUCCGGGAUGACCCUGAUGUGCAGGUCAAGGAGUGGAUGCGGCAGUUCCGGGAGGUUCUAUACGAAGCCGAAGACUACAUCGACGACCUCUGCCCACCCCCAGCAGCUGGGGGAGAGCCGCCAGCCGACAACCCGUCGACGGCGACGGAGAAGAAAGGACGGAGCUCCUCCUCCAAGGGGCUCUUCUCGUGGAAACCGCUGGGGAGCAAAAAAUCGGAUGUCACCACGCGCAUCAAAGAGCUCAGGGACCGCAUCAAGGAUGCCAGGCAAAGGCGCCUGGACUACAAGCUCGACUCCGUGGAGUACGCCGCUCCCGAUCCUGCUGCUGCCAUCGCCGGCGGCGCUUUCGAUCCCCGGCAGCUGAAGCUGGAAGCCGGCGAGGAGGAGGACGAUCGCCCCGUGGGCAUGGACGGGCCAAGAGAUGACCUCGUCGACAUGCUCAAGGACGUUGAGCAGGAGAAGCAGCUCAAGGUGGUCUCCAUUGUUGGAGUGGGAGGUGUCGGCAAGACCACACUUGCCAAGGAGGUGUGCCGGACGGUUCCUGCGCAAUUCGACUGCCGGGCUUUCGUCAAAGUCGGCCGGAACACGCCGAUGAAGACCACUCUGUUGAGCAUCCUGCGUCAAGUCACCCGGGGCCGCGGCCGGCAGGAGCAUGUCGACGUGGGAACAUCGUUGGAUGAGCAGCAGGCCAUCGACAGUCUUAGGGAGUUCCUCGGCAACAAGAGGUACCUUGUCGUAGUGGAUGAUAUAUGGAGCAUAUCAGCAUGGAAAAUUAUCAAGUGUGCAUUGCCCGAGAGUAACUGCGGAAGCAGGGUAAUUACAACAACCCGCGCCAGUGAAGUAGCCGAUGCUUGUUCCAGCCGUCCCUUCAUCCAUGUCAUGGUGCCUCUUAGCGAGAGCGACGCCGAGAAGCUGUUCCUUAGCAGAAUAUCUUGUCCAAGGGAAAAAUAUGAAUCCGAGCUAAAAGGAGUUUUCAGCAACAUAUUCAAGGCUUGUGGUGGGGUGCCAUUGGCCAUGGUCACCAUAGCUGGGUUGCUGACCAGGAAAUUCUCAGAGUUGUUAAGCUGGGAGGAGGUUAAGAGCUAUGCUAUUUCAGCAUGGGACCAUUACUCAGCUUUACAAGGGAUGAAAAGGAUACUACAUGUCAGUUAUUCUGACCUGUCUUCGCCAUUGAAGACUUGCUUCCUGUACCUGAGUUGUUUCCCUGAGAAUCACACGAUCAAAAAGGAUCGUUUGAUAUGGAGAUGGAUAGGUGAAGGGUUCAUCCCUGUGAAAGCUGAAGGCAAGUGGAUCACAGGAGAGGCCUACUUCGACGAGCUCGUCAACAGGAGGCUGAUCCAGCAGGAGAUCACCGAUGACGAUGAUGAGCCACUAGGCUGCACCGUCCAUGGUGUGGUCCUGGAUUUCAUCGUGUCAACGUCCAUGGAGGAGAACUUUGUCACAUCCGAGGCAGGAGUGCGGUCCAUGCCACGCGAUGUGAUCCGUCGGUUCUCGCUCAGCUGUGGCGACCAGGAAGAUGAUGGCCACUUGGUGCCGGAGUCAACAAAAAAUGUUUACCUAUCUAAAGUCCGAUCACUGACCGUUUUCGGUGGCGCCGGGUGGGUGAUGGAUCUCAUCAAGACCUUGCAGUUUCUGCGGAUGCUGGAUCUACAAGAUGCCAGCAAGCUGGCAGACGAUCAUCUCAAUGGCAUUGAGAGGUUGGUUCAUUUGAAGUACAUGGGGCUCGGGGGCGAAGGUGUCAAAAGGCUUCCGGAAGAAAUAGGAUUCCUGCGAGAGCUGGAGACCUUGGAUGUACGGAGGACCAGCAUCCAAGAGCUGCCCGCGAGCAUAGUCAGACUGCCCAACCUUGCACGCCUACUAGCCAACGAUCUCCCCGUGCCAGAUGGAAUGGAGAACAUGACCUCGUUGGAGGAGGUACACAUGGUCAAGCUCAGCGACAUGAGCUCGCCAAGGAAUGUUGCAAAGCUGAUGAGGAUGAAACGCCUCAGGACUCUUGGGCUCAACUGGUGUUUUGACAGCGCGAGUGGCGGCGGUGGUGACGGGGGCAAAGUUUUCGCAAAAAUACUCAUGUGGUCUCUUGGCGAGCUGGGCAAUUCCAUGGUGGAGUCACUGCUCCUCCACGUCGAUGGUGACACCCACAGAUCGCUGGAUGUGAUGGCUGAGUCUUGGGACCCUCCGUAUCGCCUCCGGAGAUUUCUCAUGACCACGAGCUCCAACUACCACCUGCCCAGAGUGCCACCAAAGAUGAUAAAGCUGGAGCAACUCGCCCACCUCAAGAUCUCCAUUGAUCAGCUCGGAGACCCGGAUCUUCAGCUCCUUGGCAACCUGCCUUCUAUGGUCAUUCUCAAGCUACAGACAGGAGUAACUGUCCCAACGACCAUCACCGAUAAAAUGUUCCAACGCCUCAAGACGUUCUGCUUCAUGUGCAAGGACGGGGGUUUAGGGUUCGUCCUCGGAAAGGGAGCCAUGGCGAAGCUCCAGGACCUCCAGCUCUCCUUCAAGGCCAGGGUGCACACAAAGCCCGUUGGUAUCAACUACCUCAGUUCACUCAAGCAGGUUCAGACCACCAUCGACUGCGAAGGCUCCAUAGAUUCUGACGUCAAGUUUGCAGAGGAAGCCAUCACAAAGCAAGUAUCCGAGCUUCAUUGCAAACCCACCUUGGAACUCAUCAGAGAUCAUGAAGACAAGAUGUUGCAGGGACAGUAUAUCCAAGAAAGCUUGGGGAAGUUGAAAGCUAGUGACUGAUGAUCAAUUGCCUCCAAAAUGUUUCAAGCUGCAGCAAGACACAUCCGUACGUACAAGAUCAUGCAGCAGUCAGCUAGCGCUACUACUUUCCCAUGUCUGGAGAAGAGAGGAUGAAGCUUAUGGAUCGCCUUCUUUAGUUGGUUUAAGUCAAAUAACAAUUUAGCUUCUAAUAAACCGGCACAAACUUGGUUCCUCUUGUACGUGGUGCAAGUUUAUUUUGUGCUUUCGACCUUUUUUGUGCCUUAUAUUUUCUUGUUUCCGUGCAUCUUUAUCUCCAAUUAAUAAAUGUAACCGAAUUCCCCUAUGCUUUUGACCUUAUUCAAGGGAUAUAUCAUGGCAAUGUUGCAAGGUUUUCUUGAUAGGAA